AUGGAAGGGCAUCCCACCUAUGAUAAUAUGAAAAGAAACUCCCUGCAAGCGAUUCACCUCCUUCUUGCUUACCCUAAUCCUGGAGUGACAACCAGCUUUCUUGGUUCAACGUCGCCUGAACUCAGACAGCCACACACAACUGCGAACACAAAGCCUUGUGGGAAGCUUUUGUCUUUUUCUCUUUUUUCCUUUUUCCCUUUAAAUUAUCAAUCAGACAAUAAUCAAUACAUCUAUCUCACAAUGACUCAAUUAUCUAAUCUUCACGAUGACAUGAUCCAUGACUGCGCUCUGGACUACUAUGGUAAACGUCUUGCUACCUGCUCCUCCGACAAAACCAUCAAAAUCUUUGAAGUAGACCGUGAUAACCAUCGUCUCCUUGAGACCCUCCGCGGCCACGACGGACCAGUCUGGCAAAUCUCCUGGGCCCACCCCAAGUUCGGCACGAUCCUCGCUAGUGCCUCCUACGACGGGAAAGUCAUAAUCUGGCAAGAGCGCUCAGGAUCGUGGUCGAAGCUAUUCGAGCACGCGAAUCAUCAUGCCUCCGUGAACUCCGUCCAAUGGGCCCCGCACGAAGCUGGCGCAGUCCUCGCCUGCGCCUCCUCUGACGCCAAAGUCUCUGUGCUAGAGUUCAAGGACAAUGGAACCUGGGACACCAAGCUCUUCGCUGCCCACGUAAUCGGCUGCAAUGCUGUAUCCUGGGCGCCAGCAACCCAACCCGCCAGCCUCGUCCAAACCACAUCUUCCUCCGCCUCGACCUCCACUGCCACCCCCGCCGCUCAACAGCAGCAGCACCUCACGCAACGCAGAUUCGCAACCGGUGGUUCAGACAACCUGGUCAAGAUCUGGUCCUAUAGUCCCGAGGUCGGCACCUACGUUGAGGAGUCCGUUCUUGAGGGGCACCAGGAUUGGGUCCGUGACGUGGCAUGGGCACCCUCAAUCUUGCCAAAGUCGUACAUCGCCAGUGCGUCGCAGGAUAAGUCCGUCAUCAUCUGGACUCAACAGGACGGCGAGGCGUGGACUAAAAAGGUGCUGCAGAUGGACACGGUGCUUUGGAGGGUUAGCUGGAGCCUUUCCGGGAAUGUGCUUGCCGUUAGCGGCGGGGAUAAUAAGGUCAGUCUUUGGAAGGAAACUUUGAAGGAGGAGUGGGAUAAGGUUAGUAGUGUUGAAGAGUAGAUGCAAGGGUUGUACUGUACUGGUAUUUCGGCGUUUUCCCCCGAUGGUGUGGAUCCGUUAAACGGAUGGGCGGGGGUGGGGAAAAAAUGAAAUG